AGCUGUCAUUGUAAAGAAAAUGACGCAGUAGUGCUAAUAUUGAUGCUUUUAUUGAAAUUUUAACUAGAAAAUAAAACAAAUUAGUGUAGUAUUGUAGCGAAUAUAGAGAAAAAAUUAAAAAAUACUGUACAUCAGCGUUUAAAAUAACAAUGUCAGCGGAUUCCCCCGCAAGAACAGGACAAGGGGUUGGAGUACGUACUGGUUAUGGAGGUUCGGUGACGGGUACAUCGUCACCAUUAUGUGUGACGCCGCAACCCGUCACCGAUAAAUCGUUCAUAGAUAGUGUUACUGGUUUUAUAAAUGAAGUAGUGCCUACAUCGUAUGCGACAACAACUACAGAAUCCAAAGAGCAAGUGCAAUGGGCCCGUUUUGAGUAUGCUGAUAUCAAUUGUUCAACAUUAUCUGGCUCACAUGAAUUAGAUUCAUCUGUUGCCCCACCUUUAUUAUUGGUAUUAGGUUAUACGAGUGGAAUUCAAGUAUGGUCAAUACCAGCAAGCGGAGAAGCCACCGAAGUACUUUCAUGGCGACAAGGUAAUGUUCGUGUAUUACGAAUAUUACCAACACCAGAUAGUUCUAGUAACUUAGAAGAUCUGUUUAGCCAUAAACGACCUUUGAUGGCAUUGUGUGAUACAAUUGCACCUGGACCUCAUUUUUGUUCAUUGGGAUUUAUUUCAUUACGUGAUGGCGAUCAGGUGAAAAGCAUACAAUUUAAAAGUCCUAUAAUCGAUGUUCAUAGUAAUAAGUCGUCUGUGAUAGUCACAUUCUCUGAGCGUAUUGCGAUAUUCGAUGCAUGCACAUUAGAGGACCGUAUGACUGUUACCACAUGUUAUCAAAGUCCAGGAUUAUGUCCAAAUCCAGUUGCAUUGGGUGCACGAUGGUUAGCAUAUGCGGAACGUCAAAUGAUUCCUGCAUGGCGAAGUAGUGGUGGCUGUGAAGGUGAAGGUGUUUCAAGUUAUACAGCAACUGUGAUACAUGCUGCAAAGUCUUUAGGGAAAGGUUUACGAGAAUUAGGUGAAAGUGUAGCAAAUAGUUUAUCUGGAGUGACAUCACAAUAUCCUCCAUCAGCUGGUAUAAUACCAAGCGAUCAGAACACACCAGGUGUUGUUACAGUAUUGGAUAUUCAACCACCAGAUCAAAAUGAUGGUUCUAGUUAUAUUUCCUCAUCGAAUAGUAAAACCUUCCAAUGUGAAUCAGUGCUUGCGCAUUUUAUUGCACAUUCUGAGCCAGUGGUGGCGUUAGCAUUUGACCCAACUGGCUUAUUAUUGUUAACAGCUGAUAAACGUGGUCAUGAUUUUCAUUUGUUUAAAAUUCAUCCACAUCCUUGCGGAUCAUCUUUAGCCGCUGUUCAUCAUUUAUAUGUUUUACAUCGAGGAGAUACCACAGCAAAAGUACAAGAUAUUAGUUUUUCAUGGGACUCUCGAUGGGUUGCUGUGUCAACGUUACGUGGGACAACCCAUGUAUUCCCUGUCACACCAUAUGGUGGUCCCGUUGGGGUACGCACACAUGCAACACCACAUGUUGUAAAUCGAUUAUCACGUUUUCAUCGAAGCGCUGGUUUAUCUGCAGAUGGUCGUUCUAACAGUCCAGUAUUUUUGAAUGAAAUCCCAUCAGCUGUACCAUUUUCCAAUCCCCGUUUACCACCAUUCCCACAUCCCACUAUUGUUUAUCCUCUAGCACAAAUUCGUCAACCCGCACAAUUUGGUCCAGGUAAUAUUUCGUUACAAACAAAUGUACGAUCUAGUACCAGUCGACAACGAUUAUCGUCAGCUUCCGAAGAUGCUCCUAAUUUAAAAUUAUGUGCAGCUUUUGCUGCUCCCAGAGCAUGGUUAUUAGAGCCAAGAGAAUCCCGGAUACGUAAUCAUCGACACACGACUGACUCGUUAUUUAUUAUGGCAUGUCAUGGUAGUUUAAUUCAAUAUGACUUAGAUCCAAGACAUGCAACAAAUAUUCCCAGGGAAAAAGUUUGCGAUGAAAGUACUAUUGAAUUAGCUGUGGAAGCAAAAGCACGUUGGACUUUACUUAGGCAAUUAAAUUCUGUGGAAAUACAAUCACCAUUAUCCGUUGAUAAUCCACUCUUAUGUAAUAAAUUUAAAAACAGUUUACAAAAUCAAAGGUCCGAAGAUGAAGAUCGAUGGUUAUCACAAGUAGAAAUUGUUACACAUGCUGGGCCACAUAGGCGAUUGUGGAUGGGACCACAAUUCAUGUUUAAAACUUAUAAUUCUUCGAGUGCUGUGCCACUAGCAACGACAGAUAUUGAAGCGGUAGAAAUUGGAACAGUAUCAGCUGUACGGCCUGCACGCUCCACACCAGUAAAUAUGCCUCGUGUUGGAACACGCCCUUUGGUUCCUGUACUUAUUGAAUCUACAUCUGCAAGUAGCUACGAACAGUCACCUAGAUUAUUAGAAAUGCAUAGAAAUAAUCGAAGAGAUUCGGAUAGUUCGACAGGAGCAGGUGAUUCUCAAUUACGAGAAGACUUAGCUGAUGCCAUGAUGGAAUCACCAGGCCUUUCAAUUCGAGAACAAGGGUACGGGAUGGGCCAUGUCAUUGCUCAAAUCAAGCAUCCUUCUUCUCAGCCAUCAGCUGCUACCAUUGUAAAAGUUGUAAAUCCGUUGGGAACGGUUAUUACUUUGCCUUCGGACGAAGAGGCUGAGUAUCCUAUGUGUCUAGAUUCAACGGAGUAUGUGAUUCAUGAAAACUGUGAUGAAACAUUAUUUCGGCCAAUUAUUGGUGCAUCAAAUAAUAUUCUUGUGAUCGCUGGACGACCAGAAACAUCGAGCCCCACUGCCAGUUCUACUACAAACCUCUACGAUACAGUACCAUCGCCAUGUUUAAGUGAUAGUGAACAAUAUUAUUUACCGCCGGAGACAAUUAUACCUUGUACUGUUGAGAAAAAAAGUGUAAAUGUGAAACAAAUUGAAAAACAAAAACAAAAACGAAUCGAUUAUGAAAGUGUUGUUACAACGCCAUCGCCAUCGUUAACGGCUACUUAUGAAACAACAGUGGCGCCCGAUGGUAAAUGUAUUCGAAAUCAAUCACCGUCACCCAAACCUUUCGAAAAAGAAUCGAUUGAGAUAAGUAAAAAAAUUCAUGAAGAAAUAUCUGCCGAUAAAACUAAAGAAAUAGUUAAUAAAACUAAAGAAUUGUCAUUAAAGUCAAGUUCAAAAUGUGAGAAAAGAACAAAGAAAGAAGAUAACGUAAAAGUUUCUAAAGUUGAAAAGAAAUUUUCAACAUCAACAACAUUGCAGCUUGCAGAACCAAGCACUAAAAAAAGUGAAAUUAUUGAAAUUUCUAAGGAAGAAGAAAAUAAAGAGCCUACAACACGUAAAGUUUGGGGACAAAUUGAAUCUCAUUCUGAUAACAUCACAAUGUGUUCGAAUAACUUCCCUUCAUUGCCAGCCCAAAAUAUUGAUUUAUCUCCAAAAUCAAACAUUUGUGAUGAUAAUUUAGAAAAUUCGGAUCGAAAAGUUAAAAGUAAAGUAAAAUCUUCAUCUAGUUUUACCAAAAUUACUGGAGAAAUUUCACCAAAAUCUAGUACUGUUGAAUCAAACAUUGAAACAGUUGAAUUAACUUCGAAAAAUAAAAAAAAAACCUUGAAAAAUGUAAGUGAAGUUGAUUCAUCACCAAAAAAUGUGGAUACAAAUGUGGAAAUUGUUGAUUUAUCAACAAAAGUAAAAAAGAAGGCAUGGAAAAAUUUAGAAGAAAUUGAAUCACCAUCAAAUAUUGAAUCAAAUGUCGAAAUAGUUGAAACGUUUAAAAACAAAGAGAAACUUUUGAAAAAUGUUGAUGAAAAUAUUUUGAAAAUCAAAACUGAAGUAGAUAAAAAUAUUGAAAUAACUGAAUUAAUUUCGAAAGCAAAAUCAAAAUCACCAGAAAUUGAAAUAUGUUCGGAUAAUGUAGAAAAUGUUGAAUUAAAACCUAAGAAAAAAGCUUGGAAAAAUUUGGAAGAACUUCCAACAUUUAAUACCGAAAUAUCAGAACCAGUUUUGAAACCUAAGAAAAAAGCAUGGAAAACUUUGGAAGAAAUUGAAAUACCUACAAAAGAUAUUGACAUUGAAUCUAAAGUAGAAAUUGUUGAACCUAUUACAAAAUCAAAGAAAAAAGCAUGGAAAAAUUUAGAAGAAAGAAUUGAUGUGGAACCACUUAAUAUUGAAGUUAUUGAACCCACCGUAAGGAAUCGGAAAAAAUCAUCAAAAAAUAUUGAAGAAACAGAAAUAGUUUCAAUAACAACCGAUGAAAUGAUUGACGAAUCAAAUGUAAAAAUAGUUGAACCAAAACCGAAAAAGAAAUUAUCAAAAAAUUUAGAAGAAUUUGAAUAUUUAGAUAUAAUCAAAGUGGAUGAUUCAAAAACACAAGAUUCAGAUGAAAAUUAUGUGGAAGCUGAAAAUUGUGGAUUACAAAUUGGACAAUCAUGUAAACAAUUAGAAAUAAAAAAAAAGAAUGUAAAAAAAACGAAAACAAAAAAAUCGAAAAACAUUGAUGAAGAUUUUACUGAAAUAAUAGCGAUUGAAACAUCAUCAAAAGAUGAUGUGGAUAACGAUGAAUUUUUAAGUUUAGAACCAGAAUACGAACGACCUUCGGAUGAUUUUUCAUGUGAUAUAACAUACCCAGAUGAUGAUAUUAUUCCAAUUGAAAAUCAAAAUUCAGAGAGUGAUGAUUCAUCAUGCAAAUUAGUGACAAAAAGUGAUGAAGUUAUGGACUCAGAAGAAAUUGAGCCAUUAAUACCACUUAAAAGUGGUGACGAUGUAAGUGCUGUUACAGAUUGUGUUAACGAGGAUAACAGUCGUGAUGAUGCUGACAUAGAUGGCAGCAAUGUCGUUGGUGGUAUAAAUAAUGGUGGUCAAUCGUUGAAAACAACAAAUAAGAGAAAAUCAAAAAAGAAACGUAGAUGAAGUAGUAGUAGUAUUAUUUUAAUAAAUCGUAAAAAUCAAAAAAAGUAUGGUUGUGUUUUUAAAUAUAUUCAAAGAGGCAUUGGUAUAUGUAAGAUUUUAAUUGUUCUAGCAAUGUUGUAUUCUUUUUUAAUCAUAUUUUUAGUAUUAAGUUUAUAAUUCAGUGGGUACUAUUGAAUUACACAAUUCUUUUUAAGGAAAUCAUUGAUUCCAACAU